AUGACCGACAGCAACAUCUACACGGCCGUCGCCGCGUGGCUCUCGGACAGCGCCGCCGCCGAGGUGACGUACGGCCACAUUUCCACGUGGCAGACUUCAGGGGUGACGGACAUGUCGUAUUUGUUUUGCGCAGACACAGACUCGAGCUCGAGUCUAUGCAAUGCGGACGCGGCGUCUUUUAACGAAGACAUAAGUGAGUGGGACACAUCUCAAGUCACGGAUACGCAUAGUAUGUUCAGAGAAGCCUCGUCCUUCAAUCAGCAGAUCGGCAACUGGGUAGUAGACAACGUCACGGAUAUGCACAGGAUGUUCCAGGGUGCCUCGUCAUUUAACCAACCACUGGGCGGCUGGCGGGUCGACAAGGUCACGGAUAUGAGAUACAUGUUCUACGUCGCCUCGUCCUUCGACCAGGACCUC